AGCUAAUUUGUGGUGUUGCUGCUGCUGCUGCUGUCUAUCCGCCCGAAGUCCUCUCUUCUUCUCUAAGAACUUAGCUCCGCCCACAAUUUCGGUAUUUCUUCUAUGAGUGGGUGUCGAUGAUGGGAACUUAUAGCUGUAACGCCGCAGUGUUGAACUCCGCGUUCCCCUUUGUUAUGGAAAGCCAUAAACUUGACCUGAGUAGAAGAAGCCAAUUAUCUCGUGGUCGUUUUUGUUGCAAAUGUAGGAUGGUUGGCGUCAAGGAAGAAAGCCCCACUAAAUUCGAUUGGGUUGAUAUGAAUCAUCUUACAGAAGAACAAGAGGAGGCAAUCUCUCGGAUUCCUGUUAAGAUGUCUAAACGUUGUCAAGCUCUUAUGAAGCAGAUAAUUUGCUUCGAAAAGGAGGAGGAGGAGGGUAGCUUUUGCUGCGAUUUGUUAGCUGCUUGGGUCAGGAGGAUGAAACCCAUUCGAGCUGACUGGCUUUCCCUCCUUAAAGAGCUCAGCAAUCUCGAAUCUCCCUUUUAUAUCAAGGUGGCUGAAUUUGCGUUGCUCGAGGAUUCCUUUGAAGCCAACCCCCGCGAUUAUACAAAGAUCAUCCAUUACUAUGGCAAGCUUAACCAAAUUCAAGACGCUGAGAAAACUCUUGUUGCUAUGAAAAAUCGAGGCUUUCUCAUCGAUCAAGUCACCCUAACUGCCAUGCUUCAGUCGUACAGCAAGGCAGGGUAUCACCGCUUGGCUGAAGAGACUUUCAACGAUAUCAAAUUGCUUGGGGAACCACUUGACUAUCGAUCCUACGGUUCCAUGAUUAUGGCCUACAUCAGAGCUGGCACUCCGGAGAAAGCAGAGGCUUUGCUCCGUGAAAUGGACUCCCUAGAUAUCUGUGCCGGGAGAGAGGUUUACAAGGCCUUGUUGAGAGCCUACUCUAUGUCUGGAGAUGCUCAAGGAUCCAAGCGUGUCUUUGAUGCUCUUCAAAUCGCCGGGAUCACUCCUGAUGCAAAGCUAUGUGGACUCCUCAUUAACGCUUACAGUGUCUCCGGUCAGAGCCAGAAUGCGCGUUUGGCUUUUGAGAAUAUGAGAAAAGCCGGAAUCAAAGCUACUGACAAGUGUGUGGCUCUUGUUCUGUCUGCCUAUGAAAUAGAAGAAAAGCUAAAUGAAGCGUUAAGGUUCUUAGUUGAGCUUGAGAAGGACUCCAUCAUGGUUGGUAAAGAAGCUUCCGCUGUGUUGGCUGGGUGGUUUAAGAAGCUUGGUGUUGUUGAGCAAGUUGAGUUACUUCUCAGGGAAUUUUCAUCCCACCAAACACUCUGACUCAGGCUUAGGAGGAGAUUGGGAUUCACAAUCUCAUGUUUCUAUCUAUACUUAUUAUCUAAUCCAUUGUCCAAUUUACACAUGUUCUAUUUAUUGUCCGCAACUGCUUUCUAAAGACUGAGGAAUCAAUCACGUAGCCGUAAAUAAAGCGGUUUCACU